CUACCACCCCCCAUCGCCCCACAAUGUAACAUGCAAACAAACUGUCACCCCUCCCCAACUUUCCAGCUCCAGACAGCCUCUUUUUUUGGUGUAAUGGCUCCUUAUACAAAUCCAUUAAUUCCUCUAUCCCUGGCCCCUGCAUACCCACCACACUAGUCCCUCAAUUCACAUUGCUCUUCUUCUCUGAAGGCCUUCAAGCCUAUCAGUUUGAUCACCCUAAGCCCAACUCUCCUGAGGACCGUCGGAAAAAGAGAGCAAUCUUCCUACCUAUCAUGCUUGGAAUCUCUCUAACAACCUCUCUCAUAGGUACAGGACUAAGAGUCACCUCUUUAGGAUACAAUGUAUCCCAAUUUUCAGAUUUCCAAACCCAGAUGCAGACGGCCAUUGAGGAAACGGCUCAGUCUCUAGCCGCCCUCCAACGACAAAUCACAUCUCUAGCUGGUGUCACCCUUCAAAACCGCCACGCCAUCAACCUACUCACAGCCGAAAAAGGCACUUCUCCUCAGAAACUACCAACUUUUAGCCACCAGCAGGACAGGACAGAUUCCACAGACAGGCUCACAACCUGCUAACCCAAGCCAGUCAUGACAACCGCCAACCGAUUCCAUAAAUUUCUCCACAAUCUCUGUGCUGAAAGCUGGCUCAUAGCCAAUCCAUCGCUACCCUUCAAAUGGAUCACAAUGUUAGAGGAACCUUCACGGACUUCAUACCCCAAGAGGUGUUUACAUACGCCGCCACACUACUCGGGCUUAUUCUACUGAUAGAUGCCCCUAACAGUCCUCCCUUUA